GGGCUCGGUGUCCGUGGGUGCUGGCAGACACAGGAGGCAGUGCUGGCAGCCCUUCCCUUCCCUUCCUCCCCCGGCCCUGAAUGACCGGACAUGUGCCGAGAUGGAGAUUAGGGCACACGUGCAUCCGGGUGGUCGCCUGCACCCCCUCCCGGGGAGAACGGGGGGCACCCUGGGGACCCAGCUGAGCCCCCUCGAUCUGCUCAGCUGCCGAGCACCUGCUCGGCCGUACAGAGCCUUCAAAACCGCGUCCCCUCCUCCCGGUCCCCAUGCAGCCACAGCUGUCCGAAGCGGCCCCGGUCCCUCCGCGGGGCACAGAAGGAGCCAUUGUCACCGCCGUGCCAGCCCCCGCCCCGGCGCCAGCUGCCGCGGGGACCAGUGGGCAGUGGCACAGCGGGGCGGUGGCACCAUGGUGGCCACGGUCGUGGUGGCCCUGGUCCUCCUCUGCUUGCCCGCAGGGAUGGAGGCCAGCCCGGAGCUCGGCGGGUACCUGCGCAAGGUGCUGAGGAACCACACCACCCACACGUGUGACGGGGAGCAGCUCCUCAUCCUCUGCCCUCGCAAGACCACCAUCAGCAUCCUGGGCGCCUUCUACGGGCGCCGCGUGCCCAGCCCCAACCUCUGCCCCAGCCCAGGCGAUGCGUCCCAGGAGAGCACCGAGUGCACGUCCCCCACGGCCCACCUGAAGCUGCUGGCCGAGUGUCAGGACCAGCAGUGGUGCCAGUUCUCGGUGCACAGCCAAGUCUUUGGGCCAGACCCGUGCCCCGGGACACACAAGUACCUCAUCGCGUCCUACAAGUGCCGGCCAGACAACCAUCGGGUCAAGACGGUGUGCGAGAACAACGUGCUGAGGCUGCAGUGCCGGCCAAAAUCCGUCCUGGCCAUUUACUCCGCGCAUUAUGGACGAUUCCUGCGGGGCAAGCCUGAGUGCGACGCCCCAAACACCGGGGGACCCCAUAUCGAGUGCCUGGCUCCGGACGCCCUGCGGAGGGUCUCCAAGAAGUGUCACCGCAAGGGAAACUGCACCGUGGCCGCUGACUGGGCCACCUUCGGGGACCCGUGCCUGCCUGGCACGAAGAAGCAACUGCGGGUCUCCUACACCUGCGUGCCCAAGCAGCUGCUGGAGGAGGCAGGCCCCGACACCUCGGAUCCCUUUGUGCUCUCGGACUACAUGCACGGUGGCUGGUACAAAGGGCCCAGGUUCUCCAGGCUCCGGGAAGACAGGAUGAUUUUUACUAGCUCCCUGACAGCUUUUGCCCAGCUCUGGGACGUCCCUGAAAAAGUCGGCCUCUACUUCCUUUGCGGGGUCUCGGCAGGCCUCGCGCUGCUGCUGUGCAUCAUCAGCCCCAAAGCAGCCUUCCUCCGGGAGGCCAGGGAGGCUCUGCAGGGCCCGGGCAGCAGCUCGGAGCCGAGCCGCGCCAAGCUGCGGGACGAGCAGGACGAGGACCUUCCCGACGACAGCUCCUCCGACUCCUCCUUCCGCCGCCUCACCCGCACCUACCGCGCCACCGACAGCAUCUUCAGCCCCGAGCUGACGGCAGCCAUGGAGGGGGCGGCCGAGCAGCAGGGCCGCGGCGGGGAGGAGAUCUGGAUGCCCAAGGAGUCCAGCCCGUACGCCAUCCAGAAGAUCAAAUCGGCCACCAAGUGAGGCGGGACGAGGGGCCACCACCGUUUGCUCCUCACCUUACUCUUGUGCCUCCCUUCGUGCUUCACGUGCCCGCAAGCGAGCUGUGCUUUCCAGGGAAUGGGCUUGCUCCUCCUAGUGAAUAAAAGCAAAAGCUCCUGGUUCAGGAAAGGAAGCUGCCGAGCCCCCAGCUCCUGCCAGCCCCAUCCCCAAGGGACUGCAGCCCGCAGGCCGGUUCCCACAUCCCCAAAAGGGACUGCAGGGGACAGAGGCGUGGUGGUGCCUCCAGCCACCUGCGUUGUGUCACCACCAGCUCUCACCCCCCCCUUUACCCACAGUGUCCCUCCCCUGCAAUUAACGGUGAAAAGAGAGGAGAAAUUAAACGCUGAACCUCA